AUGUCAAACUUGUCUCGUUUAGGAGGGCUCUAUCUACGAUCAAAUCAAUUCACUGGCCACAUACCACCAAGCUUUGGAAACUUUCCGAUGCUUCAAUAUUUGCACAUCUCUAAAAACAGCCAUCAUGGCAAGGUUCCGAUGGAGAUCUUCAAAAUCCCAUCAAUAAUUGGAAUUGUCUUAUCUUCCAACAAGCUUGAUGGACAACUUCCUGCCAACAUUGGCAAUGCCAGACAACUUGUAUAUUUUCAAAUUUCGACAAACAAACUAUCAGGAGAUAUCCCAAACACUCUAGCUGGUUGUGAAAGCUUACAAGACAUUGAGUUAGACUCGAAUAUGUUCAGCGGAAGCAUUCCGACUUCGUUAGGCAACAUAAGUAGCUUGAUAUUUCUGAUUUUUUCUACCAAUAACUUAACUGGGUCAAUACCAACAUCUCUUGGCAACCUAGAACUUCUCGUGGCACUUGAUUUUUCAUUCAACCAUCUUAUUGGCGAGGUUCCAACUAAUGGGAUCUUCAAGAAUGCAACUGCUGUGCAGAUUGACGGAAAUCAGGGGCUUUGUGGUGGUGUAGUGGAGUUACACAUGCUACCAUGUUCUGUUCUGCCUUCAAAGUCAACUAGGCACAAGAAAUCUUUGGUGCUCAAACUAGUUAUCCCAAUAGCCAGUAUGGUGUCACUUGCUAUGCUGAUAUUUGGCAUACUGCUUUUGAGAGGAAAACACAAGACACAAUCUGUAUUGGUGCCAUCAUUUGCUACAAAAUUUCCAAAAGUAUCUUUCAAUGAUGUAGCGACAGCAACACAGGGAUUCUCAACAUCCAACUUAAUUGGCAGAGGGAAAUACAGUUCUGUAUAUCAAGGAAAACUAGGAGAGGAAGAAAAUGAGGUUGCCAUAAAAGUCUUCAACCUAGAGACAAGAAGAGCACACAAGAGCUUCAUUGCAGAAUGUAAAGCGCUGAGAAAUGUUCGGCAUCGCAAUCUGGUGACUAUCCUAACCGCAUGCUCGAGCAUUGAUUCUAAGGGCAAUGAUUUCAAGGCCCUGGUCUAUGAGCUCAUGCCACAAGGAGACUUGCAUAAACUGCUAUACUCGACUCGAGAUUAUGAAGGCUCUUCAGAUUUGAACCACAUUACAAUGGCCCAAAGGAUGAGCAUUGCGGUGGAUGUAGCGGAUGCAUUGGAGUACCUACAUCACAACAACCAGAAAACAAUGGUUCAUUGUGAUUUGAAACCCAGUAACAUUCUUCUACAUGACAAUAUGACAGCUCAUGUUGGAGACUUUGGCCUGGCAAGAUUCAAGGUUGCUUCCACAGCAUCAUCUCUUGGAAACAAUAACUCUUCUUCACUUGCAGUAGUGGGAACGAUUGGAUAUGCUGCUCCAGAAUAUGCAGGGGGUGGUCAAGUUUCAACCGUCGCAGAUGUUUACAGCUUUGGUGUCGUUCUCCUCGAGAUAUUCAUUCGAAGAAGGCCAACUGAUGACAUGUUUACUGAUGGACUAAGCAUUGUGAAGUUUACAGAGGCCAGCUUUCCUGAUAGGGUGUUGGAGAUUGUUGACCCCCAGCUACUAAAAGAGUUGGAUGAAACUCCAAUAGCCUUCAAGGAAAAACAUGUACAUUGUCUGCUAUCUGUGCUAAAUGUUGGCCUUUGCUGCACUAAGACAUCCCCGGGCGAACGCAUCAACAUGCAAGAGGUAGCUGCCAAGCUACAUGGAAUCAAGGAUGCAUAUCUCAGAAGCAGUGCCGUUGCUUCAGUAGCAGUACCUGAAUAA